GUUUGGAACUCUCUCGUCUGCAAGAACAGACAUUUCUCUCAGAUAUCGGAGUGGCGACAAUGUCUGAAGGGGAAAAACCUUCAUUUCUUCGGUGACUCUACGAUACGGCAGUGGUAGGAACACUUGGUAAGAAUCAUGAAUUUGACAGAAACGCAAAUUCCGGAAGCUAUAUCCUGGACUGGACCAUUAUUUGCCAGUGAUCCUGUUUAUAACAUAACGGUUAGCUAUCGGUCCCACGGACCGCCGGUUCGAUGUCCAUGGACUCGCACGCCUUUUAUCAAGUACGUCGCAAACGCAAUUGAUGAAAUUAAAGGAGGACCAAACGUUGUGGUCGGCAUCACCAUGUGGGCACAUUUCACCUCGUACCCUGUGGAGGUCUACAUGAAAAGGAUGGAGGCCGUCCGUGCUGCAGUAGAACGUCUGUUUCACAGGAGUCCAGAAACACUUGUAGUCAUCAAGUCGGCAAACACGCGGGAGGGAGACACGAUCACUGCCGGGGACUGGCACGCGUACAAACUGGACUUGGUGAUGAGGGAAGUGUUCCGCGGGAUGAACGUUGUUCUUGUAGAUGCCUGGGAAAUGACAAACGCGCAGCACUGGCACAAGGACGACAUCCAUCCUGCCGAGGAUAUCGUUACACAGGAAUUAGAGUAUUUCUGUUCAUUCAUUUGUCCCUUAUGAAUUCUCAAAGAUUUGUUUAUUGUUGAUUAGGUCCGUUUAUUCUAACCCAAUUUUUUGCAUGGUGAUCUUAGACAACCUUGCAAAAAGUUUUUUAAUUUUUUUUAAAUUUUUUAAGCAAGGCUAAAGCAUUAGAACAUGGUCAGUACCCCCCAGCCAAUGAGAGUCCUUCAUUUUCUGUGGUUUUAUCCCCAAACUGCAAAAAAACGGUGAUACUUUUCAAAAAGUGUGGUACUAAAACUUGUUUGCACAAGAUUAGAACCACACUUUUUGGUUAGUACCACAUUUUUUUUGUUUUAAUUAGAACUAGGUCCCUUCCUUGUGCAGGCUAAUUACCCAAGCGACAAAAGGAUUGAAACAUGAUUUAUUGAACAAGAAAAUCUGAAAUUCAUCAUGAAAACCUAAAAUAUUGAAAAAGUUUGAAAGAAAACG